UGUUUUUGGCUUCAUUUCUACAAUAAAUUAUAAAAUCGCAUGGUUUUGAGCUUGCGAUUGUAUAAUUGACAGCAAAGAUAUUUUCUCAUCCUAUGUUGUCUCCAUUUUGAAAAGUAAAUUUACUGUACAAAAUUCUGAAGAAUAAUAAAAAGUCAGUAAGUUGUUCGGUUGUUUUGAUGUAAACAAAAAAUUUGAAACAAAAUAUACAGCAAAACAAUAAAUAUUUCUAUAGAUUUGGAAGAAAAAGUAAAUGUCACUCUGCAAAAAUGAAUAUAAAAAGAUCGUCUGCAGUUGAAGAAAAUGGUGAAUUAUUUGAAAAAAAGAAAUUCGCCAAUCCACUUCAUAUACAAAGGCUUGAAGCUAGUUUGAAUAUGGGCUCCUUUAUGGCAUAUGCACAUCAUGUCUUAUCCCGACCAAUAGUAAGUGAUAGUGACUCAAAUGAUUCUGAAAAUGGUAAAGAAAUGCAUCAAGGUGAUAAAAUGGUUGGGGGAUUUAAACUAUCUAAACAAGAACGGAGAGCUGAUAAACUUCAAGUUUUCAAUUUCUCCCAAAUCGAUGCUGAACGUAAAUGGUUGCAGGAUGUGCUUUUAAGUGAUACCGAAAGUGAAUCCGAUAUUUCAGACGAAGAUGAUUAUAUUAAAAUUAUGUUAAAACAGCAUAUUAUGGAACAAAAAUUUAGAGAAAAAUAUUAUAAAAAGCCAAGUAAUUCUCAGUACGCCUAUUACGGUGCAGGUCUACUGUCAAAUUACGAUCAAUUUCCAGAUCAUCAGCGCUCAAUAGUAGGUCCAAGGAAACGUAGAAGAAAAGAACGCGAAAAGAAAAUUAAAGAACACAAAACUAAAAGUCAUAAGGAUAAAAAUGUUAAUAAACCUAACCAGACGGAACCAGGAGAAAUCGAUCCAAAUGAUAUUCCCGAUUUAGAUUGGGAAGAUUCAAGUUUACAAAUUAAGGAAGAAGUAGAUGACGAUGAUACUCAGGGCGGUUUAGGGCUCCCCGGCAGUGGAAGAGGAAGAAAGAAGAAAUCAUUAAAGAUGACUCCGGAACUCAUGGCCGUUAGGAGGCGGAGGGCUUGGCAGACAAUGGCAAAAAAGGAAUUAGGUAAAGUACAAAGAGCCAAGGUCAAUAAUCACAAAGAAAUGCUCCAAAGUUGUAAAAGGGUUGCUACAAUGUGUAUGAAAAUAACUCGACAAAAAGCCAUGGCUUCACAAAAACUUAUGAAAGAUUUAGUUUGGAGAGCAAAGAGAUUAACUAGGGAAAUGCAAGGUUAUUGGAAACGUUAUGAUCGUGUUGAAAGAGAAAAUAGACGCAGAAUGGAGAAAGAGGCUGAAGAACAGAGAAAGUUAGAUGUAGAAAUAAUUGAAGCAAAACGUCAGCAAAGGAAAUUAAAUUUUUUAAUAACUCAAACAGAAUUGUAUGCGCAUUUUAUGUCUAAGAAAUUGGGACACGGAACAGAAGAAGAACAAAUCAGAAUAUUGCAACAAUUGGAUGAAGAAUUGAAUCCAAGACUGGCAGCUAUUGACGACUAUGAUUCAGAUUUAAUGAAAUUAAAAGCUCAACAAAAUGCUGAAGAUGCAUUUAGCGCAGAAAAAGCUAGAACGCAACAAUUUAAUGUUGCAGCAGAAGAAAAAAAAGUAGCUCCGACCAUAGGUGAUGAUGGUAUCGCAGAACUUCCUCAGCCUCAUUUAUUUACAGGAACCCUUAAGGGCUACCAAAUAAAAGGUAUGACCUGGUUGGCAAAUUUGUACGAUCAGGGAAUUAGUGGCAUUCUAGCGGAUGAAAUGGGUUUAGGAAAAACUGUACAAUCAAUUGCUUUACUUUGCCAUAUAGCUGAACGUUAUGGAGUAUGGGGACCAUUUUUAAUAAUAUCACCUGCUUCAACUUUGCACAAUUGGCAGCAAGAAAUGCAAAGAUUUGUACCAGAUUUUAAUGUCGUUCCUUAUUGGGGUAACCCAAAUGAACGAAAAAUUUUAAGACAAUUUUGGGAACAAAAAGAUCUACAUACAAAAGAUGCAAGUUUUCACGUUGUGAUCACUAGUUAUCAACUCGUGGUUUCAGAUUAUAAAUAUUUCAAUAGGAUAAAAUGGCAGUAUAUGGUUUUAGAUGAAGCACAAGCAAUUAAAAGUAGUUCCUCGCAACGUUGGAAAUUGCUUUUACAAUUCAAUUGUCGAAAUAGACUGUUAUUAAGUGGUACUCCUAUUCAAAAUAGUAUGGCUGAAUUAUGGGCUUUACUGCAUUUUAUUAUGCCUACAUUAUUUGAUUCUCAUGAUGAAUUCAACGAAUGGUUUUCCAAAGAUAUCGAAAGUCAUGCUGAAAAUAAGACUGGGAUUGAUGAAAAACAAAUAUCGCGACUUCAUAUGAUAUUAAAACCAUUUAUGUUGCGCCGUAUUAAAAAAGAUGUGGAGAAUGAACUUUCUGAUAAGAUUGAAAUAAUGGUAUAUUGCCCGCUUACAACACGGCAAAAGCUAUUAUAUAUGGCAUUAAAAAAGAAAAUUAAAAUAGAAGAUCUAUUGCAUUGUGUUGGUGCUGAAGGACAUCACGUGGAUAAAAAUUUUACUUCAAAUCUUAUGAAUUUAGUUAUGCAAUUCAGAAAAGUUUGUAAUCAUCCCGAAUUGUUUGAAAGAAGAGAUGCAAAAAGUCCAUUCUCAAUGAAAUGUCAAGAAUAUAUUAUACCAAGGCUAAUUUAUGAUGAUGGAAUAUUAUUAACAUCUAUACCAAGCAGAAAGCAUUUACUAUAUAAUAGGUUUAGUAUAUUUAAAGCAGAACAUAUACAUAGAUCAAUUUUCGAAAAAUUUUCAACAGAUAAAAAUAUUAAUUAUAAGAAUUAUAUAGAUUUAAAUUUAAGUAGUUCAUUUUCGUGGUCAAGAUUUACGAAUCAUUCACCUAAAGAAAUAGAAGACUCAACCCUAAACGGACUUUUAUUACUGUUGGAAAAUGUUCGUAAAUUUAACGAAUUCCUGCCUAUCCUUGCAUAUCGCUAUAAUUGGCUAAAUUCACUUCGAAGCUCCAAAUAUUUAUUAUUAGAACCAACUUUUAUGAAUGUUUUAGAUAAAAGAUAUUUAGGAAAUAGUAUCCUGCAAAAUUUUCUAUUCACAUCGAUGACCAUUAACGAAAGUAUGGUUUACACCUUCGGAAGCUAUACAGUCCGAAAUAUGCAGGAAACGAUUGAACACAGAGUUAUUCGUAGUAGAAAUCGCAAUCGGGAGAUUGACUCAAAAUCUUUAAUAGAUUUUGUAGAUCCUGUUAAAACUGAAAUCAAAGUGGAAGAUGACGAUAAAUCAUUUAAUAAUGAAGACGUUAAAAACAUUCCCUCUCCAAACAAAGUUGGAAGACCACCGAAAUAUGCUGAAAAAUCGCCAAAAUCUCCGGGAGCUACAACUUUACUGCCAGAAUUUCCAUAUAUUCCCCGACAGCCAAAAACAUACGAAUGUGAAGGAAUUGUUUUGCCAAAAUUUUUGUGUAAUAUUGGUCCCAAAGUUCAAGCAUAUGGCAGAAGACCAUACUGUGAAAGUAGAGCUGCUGAAACUAAUUAUAUUCGUCACAUAACAUGCGAAGAUUUUGAAGGAAAAGAAUUAGUUGAUAAUAUUCUUGCUGAAUGUAAACCCGAUACAGGUUGGUCAUGGAUAACAAUACCGGAUAAACAAACAUUAAUAUCGGAUGCUGGAAAACUAUCUGUAUUAGAUAGCUUAUUAACUAGGUUAAAAUCACAAGGUCAUAGAGUAUUAAUUUAUUCUCAGAUGACAAAAAUGAUUGAUUUGUUAGAAGAGUAUAUGUGGCACCGAAAAUAUCGAUAUAUGAGGUUAGAUGGUUCAAGUAAAAUAUCAGCUCGUCGAGAUAUGGUCGCUGAUUUUCAAACAAGAGCAGACAUUUUUGUAUUUUUACUUUCCACUAGAGCUGGUGGUUUAGGAAUUAAUUUAACAGCUGCUGACACGGUUAUAUUCUAUGAUUCUGAUUGGAAUCCAACAGUUGAUCAACAGGCUAUGGAUCGGGCACAUCGUUUAGGGCAAACAAAACAAGUAACAGUUUAUAGAUUAAUUUGCAAGGGAACAAUUGAAGAAAGAAUUUUACAAAGAGCUCGUGAAAAGAGUGAGAUUCAAAGAAUGGUCAUAAGUGGUGGAAAUUUCAAACCAGAUACAUUAAAACCAAAGGAAGUUGUCUCGUUGUUAUUAGAUGAUGAAGAAAUUGAAUUGAAAUAUCGACAGAAAACAGAAGAAAAGAGAACAACUGAAGAAAAGCCUGGAAAAGAUGCUGAAAAGAAGAGAAGAAUUGUUAAGUCUGUUGAAUCUACAAGUAAAAAAAUUAAAAUUGAUGGUAGCGGUAAUGAUGAUGAAUCAAUUGAUGUUGGUGUUGAUAGUCCAGCUUUAAGUGAAAAAUCACAAAAUGGUAGUAGUGGAAAUGGUUGUAUAACUGGCAAUGAAAUUUUAGUACCUGGAGCAACAUCAUUUCUUAGUGGACAUAAUGAUGAUUCGAGUAAUGAAGGUUUAAUUGUUGACUGUGAUAGUCCUUUAAGAGGAAGUACACCAGUAUCAUUCGCACAUGGUCGUAUUCGAAGAAGACAUCAUCCACGUGGUACGAAACGUGGUCGACCACGUGGUUCUGGCCGUGGUGGUAAAACAACAAAUCCAGGACGUUCAGAUGGUACACCAGGUACACCAACAGGUAGUACAAUAACAUUACAAGUUCAAUCAACACCAGCUACCCCAACAGGUGAUUCAAAUAUAAGUGCCAAUGGUGGUGGAAGUGAACAAUCAUUUGAAACAAUUGUACCAGUAAUAAAACGUGGACCAGGUAGACCAAGAUUAAAGCCAGGUGGCCCACCAAACUCAGGAUAUAGAGGUGCACCAAGAACACGUAAACCGAUUGGUCCACUUGUAGUACCAUUAGGUCAAAGUCCUGGUGCAACACCAUUAACAAGAAGUCCGGCAAUGAGUCCUGCACCAAGUCCAGCACAUACUGGUAUCGGUUAUUAUCAACCGAAUGAUGAAGAUAUUUAAAUUUUAUUAGAUAAAUUAAAUUAUGAAAAUAUAUUAUGUAGAUUAUGAUUAGUUAAUAACUGAAAAGUUGAUUUUUUUUUAUGAAAGAAAAUAAGAAGUAAAACUUAAAGUUAAGAUAUUGAUGUAGUCUCAACAACAAAAAAAAAAAUUUUUAUUUAUGAAAAUAAUAGACAUAAACAAACCCUUUUGUA